AUGCAGCGGCCGAUCGCGGGCCGUCUGAAGCACGCGGGGUCGACGCCGCUCGUGGUCGUAGCGGACGACGUGCCGCCCAUCAGGAUCGCGGAGCGCCGUGCGAUCGACCACCUGAGCGAUCUCGACCAUCCACGUGGCUCCCCGCUCGCCAGUGGCAAGCACGCGAGCCCACAAGCCGCCGCCUUCCGCGCGUCCUCCGCCGGCGGCGGUGUCGCCUCCCCGGUCGCCGCCUUCUCCCCCGCGGCGCUCUCCCGCGAGUUCGCUCUCGCCGCCGGCAGCCACUUCCACGGCAGCCCCGCGCACGCGCACGCGGGGUACGGCGCACACGCGGGCCACGGGGUGGGGGGAAGCGGAGCGGCGGGCGCGGAGCGGGCGGGCGGGGGCGCGGUGGUGUCGAACGUGGCGGUGGUGGCGGUGCUGCUGCUGCUGCUGAACCUGUCGACCAUCUACCUCUUCUUCCAGUCAGGCCUCUCCGCCGCCUCCGCCGACAUCCGCCUGCGCAGCGCCCCGCAGGAGCGCGCCAUGGCGCACCACGCCGCGCUCUCCAGCGACCCCCCCGCCCGCCCACGGUACGGCGCUGCCAUGCGCUGGCAGGCCUCCCAUGAUGCCUCUCCCAUGAUGCCUCUCCCACCCAUUUCCCUCCCCACCACCUCCCCUCCCCUCCCCAUUCUCAAACCCACCCUUCCUCCUCUCCCCCCUCCCAGCACGCAUGCAGGUGGGGGGGCAAGCAGCAAUCAGGUGCAGGCGGAGGGGGGGGCGGGCAUGGGGAGGGGCGUGGGUGCGCAUCUGAGCGCGGCAGUGAGGGCGAGGGAGACGGUGAACGGGCGGCUGUUCCACAUCGCACCGGGGCUGGCGGCCAGCAAGUUCCCAUCUCCACAUGCCUUGCCCUCACAUUCUUGGCCUCGCGCUUCCCUGCACCCCUGUGCCUCUGCCCGCGCCUCUUCGCCCCUGCCUGUGCCCUUUCGCGUCUUGCCUCCCUCCCUCCCUUCGCAUGUGCCCCUGGCGUGUGUGGAAGGGCAGAGGGGCAAGUGGGACGUGAGGUCGUUCUCGCUCAUGCCGGGGGUGUUCCUGCUGCAGCAGCCCGACGACUUCGCCUGUGUGCUGCUCAUCCAGGACGCCUGCUACGUGCACAUGACAGGUCCAUCGCGGGUGCACGCGGCGAUGGCGGGCAUGUGGUAUUCGGACGAGGGCGUGCGCGACUUCAAGCGCAUCAGCACGUCCAACGACCUCUGCUCGCUCUUCCCCGACGCCCUCGCCGACCAACAAGACCACGCCUGGCGCUCCCUCUCGCCCCGCGAGGCCCGUGCUGCCCUGGAACGAGAGGGCACUGUUGGAAGGGAUGUGGUGCGGUUGAGAGGGGUGGAGGAGGGAGAAGGGGGCGUGGGUGGAGUGGAUGGGCGGAAGGGGGGUGCAGGAGGGGGGAGGAAGGGGAGUGGGGUGGGGAAGGAGAGGUAUGGUGGGAGGGUGGAGAGGAGGGAGGAGGAGGAGGAGGAGGGGGAUUGGAGGGACAGCGGUCGGGUUGGGUACUCAGCUGAGGAGGGGGAGGAGGGGGAGGAGAGAGGGGCUCACAUGGACAACAAGAGGCGACGCCUCCUCCUCCCAAUCACCACCAGCCACACCCCAGCAGCAGCAGCAGCAGCAACAACAGCAGUAAGCAGCAGCCGUGGUCCUGUCGGGUUUGAGAACCAGGCACCGGGGUUCACGGACGAGUUUGACGAGGAGGUGCACGACAUGACGGACAUCAAGCGCCGCGAGAACCGCGUGUACGGCCGCUUCGAGAGCGCGCACGCGGUGGCGCGCUACCUCAACCUCAGUGACGCGGCUAGUAGAGCACGGCUGGCCAAGUGGCCGCAGGGGGGCCGCGUGGAGAAGGUGGGGUAUGUGCCGCGGCAUGGUACCUACAUGGGGGAUUUUGGCGAGGCUGUGGUGCCGCUCAUGCAGGUUGCUGUGCACCUGGUGCGAGCACCACCGUCAGACCCAUCAAAGGACACGAGGGGGGAGGGGCGCGUGGUGUUCUUCCCGGGGGAGCACGAGGUGCGCAGCGCGUGGACGGCUGACAUGGCGCACAUCCUCUUCGGCCCCAAGGCGCAGCUGCUGCUCGGCCACUCGCCCGGGCUCAAGGUGUGUUUCCGCAACGCGCUCUUCCCGCUGAACCGCCUGCACACGCCGCAGGCAGCGGACACGCUGAGGCAGUGGGCGCUGCUGGGCGCGGGGGGGCGCGGCAAGGGCAAGGGCAAGGGCAAGAAAGCCAGCCAGUCGGGCGUGGUGCGCGUGAAAGUGCUGCGCACCAGCCGCAGCCUGCCGCCCGUGCAAGCUAGCCCUGAAUCCAAGGUCGGUGGCAAGAGGGGUGGCGAGAGGGGUGGCGAGAGGGGUGGCGAGAGGGGUGGUGAGAGGGGUGGCGAGAGGGGUGGUGAGAGGGGUGGCGAGAGGGGUGGCGAGAGGGGUGCGAGAGCGGUGGCGAGAGGGGUGGCGAGAGGGGUGGUGAAACGGGUGUUGAGACGGGUGGUGAGAGAGGAAGGGUGGUGGUUCAUGUGCGAUGCAGGUCCCCCCCACCCCGAGGAGCAUGGGGUGGCAGGAGACGGUGUUGGGGCAUGGGGUGGCAGGAGACGGUGUUGGGGCAUGGGGUGGCAGGAGACGGUGUUGGGGCAUGGGGUGGCAGGAGACGGUGUUGGAGCGCGAACAGGGUUGGUGGUCCCCGCCCAGCGGCACAUGAGGUGGCUGGCAUGUGAUGGUGCUGGAGUGAGGGAGAGGGCAGUGUGCCUCCUGCUAUGUUCUCCCCCCAUCCCUGCCCCUUUUUGCUCUUCCCAGGUGCCCCCUGCCCCCCGGCGCAUGAGGUGGCAGGUGCCCCCUGCGCCGCGGCGCAUGAGGUGGCAGGUGACGGUGCUGGAGCGCGAGAGGGGGCGGUCGGUGAUGAACGGGCAGGAGGUGGCGCGCGUGGCACAUGCUCUCUUCCCCGAGAUGCCUCUGCUCAUCGCCCGGGUCGGCAAGGUCUCUGCCUCUGACCACGCUCUGCUGCUCAAGGUGGGGGGGUGGGGAAGAGGAAGUGUGGUGCUCGUGCCUGACCUGAAGCGGCACACUGCCACACUGCAUUUGACCUGCUUCCUAUCUCUUCGCUUCGCCGCUCCUCCACCUGCAACCACACGAUUCAAGCAGCCUGUUCGUACACCACCUCCACGCCUCUCCCUUUCUCCCAUUCCCCCCCCUCUCUCCCCCUCCCCUUUCUCCCCCUCGCCCUUCUCCUCCCUCUUCUCCCUCCAUUCGCAGAACACGCUGGUGCUGAUAUCCCUGCACGGCACGCCGCUCACCACGGCGCUCUUCAUGCCGCGCGGCUCCGUGGUGGUGGAGCUCUUCCCCUACAAGUUCCUCAGCACGCUCUACAAGAAGCUCGCCAUGCGCUCCGGCGUGCACUACCUCGCCUGGCGCAACAUCCAUGACAUCAGCGCCUUUUUCCGCAACUCGUGCAUGAAGGACGGGGGGUUCACGCACCUGCCCGAGGAGCAGUGCUGGAAUAUUCACGAGUCGACAAUGAGUCGGCUAAUAAAGGAAAUGCUGCCGCGGGAUGUGCGCGUCUCCAAAGACACGCAAGACCUCCUCAUGGACUGCUGCCUCGAGUUCAUCAAUCUGAUAUCGUCGGAGGCGAAUGAGAUGUGCAGCAAGGAGGACAAGCGCACCAUCGCCCCCGAGCACGUGCUGCAGGCGCUCCAGUCGCUGGGCUUCAGCAGCUAUCUGGCGGAGGUGCAAGCAGCGUACGACCAGCACAAGUCUGAAACACUG